CAGACGAUUCGAAUUUCAUAACGUAAAUUCGACAUAGGUGAAGGACAGGUUUUCCUUGUGAUUUUGACGCCGUUAGUUGUGGGAUUAAUUAGUUUUAAUAUAGUUUUAAUUGGAUAGAAUUAUGGAGAAUCACGGACCGGAGUCGUGGAGAGCGCUGAAAUCGAAAUACGUAGACACGGAUACGUCGAUGCUCAAACAAUUGUUGUCGUCCAAGGCAGAAGCUGUGAACGAAAUCAAGAGAAGUCAAAAUCAACAGUUCAAUGAGGACGAAACCAAGAUUAAGGAAUUAAUGGCAAAAUUGGCUGCUAUAAAAGAGACGCUGCAUACGGAGACACAAAUUUUGGAGCAGAAAAAUAAUGAGUUACUGAAAGAGAAGGCUAUUCUAACAGAGCUAGAAGUAGAGAAAAAGAAGCUCUUGCAAGAGAUCAAGCAGCUGGAAGGAGAACGUAACAGCUUGAAGGCUGCCAAACCAAAUUUACGAGAUCAGCAAUUGCUGGAGCAAGGAAGGAAAAAGUUGAAAUUGUACAGGGAUUUGACAAGGAUACAGUGGGAUUAUGAAGCUUCACGGCAUGGAAUUCAAGGCUAUGUCUCAAACAAGCGCGACUACAUUCACCACUUUUGUUAUGAAAAGCAAGAGAUUAAUGAACAGAUAGUCGACUCACUGUGGCACGAGAUAUAUUUGUCUACGGGCAAAGUCGAGAUCAAGGACGAGGAUCCUCAACCAAAUGUCCCAGUUAACGCCGAGAUCAGGAACGAGGAUCCUCAACCAAACACGUUCCACGUGUUGAUUAUUUCACGUGGCUGUGACGAAAAAUGAAGCUUUUGGAUCUACAGCGAACGGAGCUUGAGUUGCUUACCAUGGACAAUCCCCGAUUACUCCAGAUUACUCCGAAUCGAGGUUCGCUUAUGUCUGGUCUGUCUACCGGCCGAACGUGUCAACUCUGCAGCGCUCCCGUAGGUUUGCGUCGAAAGCUUCCGAAUCAAAAUGAAGCUGAGGACGCGCGGGGAUUAAUGCGUCCCUGCGGCGUACGAACGGUUUUGACAGAUCGGCCACAUGUCGCAGCGACGCUGGAUAUGCGCGUGAGAAACGCGAUGUGCUCCGGCGGAACGUAGACGAGAGCUGAGGCUCUCUACCAAGGAAAUUGAGGACGAGCUCCGCGAUGCAGUUCAAGAUAUCGCUGGGCACUCCGUUCGACGACGUGAUCACUUCGUGUUGGUCGAGG